GGAAACGACUACGAAACUUCCGGUUAACAUACUGCGCUUGUGGGAAAUGUAGUUUUAAAAUCAGGCGAAAUAGAGGUGUUUGGCGCUCAAAAAACUACAAACAUGGUAAUAAUUGAAAUGUAAAGGGAAUUGUAGUGUUUUUAAUCUUCAGGAUUUACAACGGGACAACUUCGAAGAAAAGUUUACUGAGUUGAGCAAGCAGGAAGAGGGAUCAGGACAGGUAGGGGAUAUGGACUACUACCCAACUAGGAUAAACUGAAGUGGGCAUCAUCUGCUGCAGAACUUCUUUUAAUGCAACUAUGGCCUCAGCGCCGUCUGGCCAGGGCGUCACCUCUCUGGGCUCGCAGGUUCACGCUGCCGCCGUCAAUGGCGACAGAAACGCCCUACUCAAACUCAUAACAGCCGAGCCAGUCCUACGGGACCGUGAAGACCAGUUUGGUCGUACCCCUCUGAUGUACUGCGUGCUGGCUGAUCGCCUGGACUGUGCGGAGAUUCUCCUGAAGGCCGGAGCCUCAGUCAACAAGACCGACCACAGCCAGCGCACGGCUCUGCACCUCGCCGCACAGAAGGGAAAUGUUCGUUUUCUGAAGUUGCUGUUGUCACGACACGCCAACUGGCUGCAGAAGGAUUUGGAAGAGAUGACUCCACUGCAUCUUGCCACACGACACCCUUCUCCCAAAGCCCUCGCGUUACUGCUCAAACACAUCGGACCUGGAGAGGUUGACACCCAGGACAAGAACAAGCAAACCGCCUUGCACUGGUCAGCAUUUUAUAACAGGCCGGAGCACGUUCGCCUCCUUAUCAAGCACGACUCAAACAUCGGCAUCCCCGACAGCGAAGGCAAGAUCCCCCUGCACUGGGCCGCACACAGCCAGGAGGCCAGCGCAACGCAGACUGUCCGCUGCAUACUGGAAGCUGCUCCCACUGAGUCCCUGCUGAACUGGCAGGACUAUGAAGGACGAACACCGUUGCACUUCGCUGUAGCUGAUGGUAACGAGGCAGUGGUGGAGGUGCUGACAUCUUACGAGGGGUGCCACGUGACCGCUUACGACAACCUCUUCAGGACACCAUUGCACUGGGCCGCCCUGCUCGGCCACGCUAGUAUUGUCCACCUGCUGCUGGAGAGAAACACAUCAGGCACCAUUCCAUCAGACAGCCAGGGAGCGACACCUCUUCAUUACGGAGCUCAGAGUAACAAUGCUGAAACAGUAGGUGUGUUUCUUUCCCACCCGUCGGUAAAGGAUGAACCCGACUUGGAAGGCAGGACAGCGUUCAUGUGGGCAGCCGGGAAGGGCGGCGAUGAUGUCAUCCGCACCAUGUUGGCCCUCACGCCACAUAUCGACAUCAAUAUGGCCGACAAGUACGGUGGCACUGCGCUGCAUGCAGCCGCUUUGUCGGGCCACGUAAACACCGUCCAAUUGCUAUUAGAUAGAGGAGCCAUGGUGGACUCCCUGGAUGUGAUGAAACACACGCCGCUGUUUCGUGCCUGUGAGAUGGGUCACAGAGAUGUCAUUCUCACGCUCAUCAAAGGCUCCGCACGUGUCGACCUGGUGGAUGUGGAUGGUCACACGGCUCUGCACUGGGCAGCUCUGGGAGGGAAUGCUGAGGUCUGUCAGAUCUUAAUGGAGAACGGGAUUAGCCCCAAUGUACAGGACCAAGCAGGCCGGACUCCACUGCAGUGUGCUGCUUAUGGUGGCUAUAUCACCUGCAUGGCAGUACUCAUGGAAAAACAUGCUGAUCCAAACAUCCAGGACAAGGAGGGGCGGACCGCUCUCCACUGGUCUUGCAACAAUGGCUAUCUGGAUGCCGUUAAGUUGCUGCUGGGCUACAGCGCCUUUCCUAACCACAUGGAGCACACAGAAGAGAGGUACACGCCGCUGGACUACGCACUGUUGGGGGGCCACAGCGAGGUGACCCAGUUCAUGCUAGAGCACGGAGCUCUGUCCAUCGCCGCCAUCCAGGAUAUCGCCGCCGCCUCCAUCCAGGCCAUCUACAAGGGCUACACGGUGCGCAAGGCCUUCAGGGAGAGGAAGCAGCUCCUCAUGAGGCACGAGCAGCUACGCAAGGACGCCGCCAAGAAACGAGAGGAAGAACUGCGGCGCAGAGAAGCAGUGCAACAAAUAUCUACUCUUACGGUGGAUGAACGAAAAUCGUCUUUGGAGACAGCCGAACAGGAGAAGCUCUCCUUGGUAAACCUGGUAGGAGAUUUGUCAGUGAAGGAUUCUGUGGUAGGGACAAAGAAGACAUCUAAACACGAACGGCGGAGCAAAGAGGAGGCACAUAAAGCCCAUAGGAGUAGGUCCACAAGGAGCAAAGCUGCUGAGCCAGCUGACUCUCCGAGCCCCAACAGUCAAGUAUCACGCGACACGACGACGAACAGGCCGAAGGAGCCGCCGUCUCCUAGCGGCCGAGCGUCACCCAGACCUUCCUCCACACGCAAAAUCAGGGAGCAAAGAUCUCCCUUGUUCACAAUCGCCCCUUCCACGGACGUCUCUCCCACCGCCCCGCUGAGAAAGAGUGAUUCCCCGAAGCGCAGACACCACAAGGUCAAAGAUCACUCUGGAGUUAGCGGCUCAUCUUUGACCGCGAAAAGCCCUUCGAGAAAACAUCACACCGCCGGCAACGCGACACGGGCACACGAAGGGGAGCAGCAAAGGAGGAGGCACGAGGCGGCCGGGGUCAUUCAGCGGGCCUGGCGGAGGCUUCUCGCACGCAAACACAUUGAAGGCAAGCCCGGAAUGGAGUUAACUGAUUUCAACCACGUUCACAUAAGAAAAAGGCGGACAGAGGUGCGAGCUCCUCCUAAAAAACCUGCAGCCAGUAAGAUGUCGGUGCUACAAAACAUUUACGGAAACUCGAUGGCUGUUCGGGGACAUUCUUCUUUUCGAGGGUCUCAACUGCUAUUGAACAUGCCUUUACGGACCCAGAGCCAGCUGAGCGGCUUGGACUGCGUGCACCUGACGGACGCCAUGAAUCAAGCCAGGCAGUUCUCCUACCACCUGAGGCCGCAAAGCGCCGGGCAGGGUCGGGGCCAUCGGGGAAAGCGUUGACGCGCACCAAAGUAUAUUUUGUUUUCUCAGCUGGCCGGCAGUCUUUAACUUCGUGGAAUUACUGUACGCAUUCAUUGUUCGCUUCUAAAAUUAAGCCGUAUGACAUCAGAGCCAUGACCUCACAGGGUGGGGGUUAAGUCUAUCGAAGUGGCGCGAGUAAAAGAUAACCUUUCAUCCAUUGUGAGACACUCGCACACACAAACUGCCUCCUUAUUUCUUGGCUCUCGCUCACACGCCGAGAUAACCUUUCCUCGUGUUGAGGAGAAUGAGCCGGUCUAUCAACAGCCGCUCAUGAACUCAGUCCACCUGCAGACACACAUGCGUAAAAAUAUGUCCAUUCCUUUCGCUUACUUGUACAAGUACAAAUCUGUCCAUUCUGACACAUGCUGCAUUAACGCAGUCCAGUGAGUAUAUGUUGUGGUAGUGGGAAAAAGAAAAUAUUUUUAAUAUGAAAGUCAUCAACUCUUUGGCUACCAUUGACAGCCCCUUUAUAUGUUUCAAACUGAGUCCACUGGAAAAUUGUUGCAAAUUUGUUAACACCAAGUUAGGGUUUUACCUUCCUGUGGCAAAUACACCUAGGACACACUGAUUGAAACGUUUGUCAAAUAGGGGGCCGCAAAAUUGUCCCUUGGGUCUGAAUUGACCCCCGGGCCGCAAAUUUGAGACCCCUGCCCGCAUGUAACAUUUUAUUAUAAAAUAAGCACAAGUAUUAAACGCUGUGAAAAUGGUUUAUUUUUCAAUCCGUUUUUUUUUCUUUAAAAAAAACCACCAGGCAGUAAAGAACAAAACUAUUUUCCAUACAGAAAGCAGGUUGAAGCACAAUUAAGCUUUUCUAACAAGACUUUCUAAUUCGUUGCCACAUUUGCUUUACACAAACAUAGACCCACAGUUACCGUUGUGAAGACAAUAUUGAGGUGUACAAUUGUUUUUUUGUGUGUGUCAGGAGUGAUCCGUGUUGGUCACACGCCUGUGUAUGCGAUCAGUACAUAUCUCGGAGGUUUCCACGGUGGGACGACGAGCCGUGUGCCACGGUGAUGCUGUAACAGUACAGCAAGUCGGUCAGCCAUUGCUGCCUGGUCACGCCUCGGGAGUACCUCUGCAAAUGUAUACAGGAAAGUCUUACAUUUGUGUGUAAAGACAAUAUUAAAAAUUAUAAAAUUCUUUGGGAAUCAAAGUUUUGUAAUUCAAGUUUAAACUUAAUAAAGACAAUUAUGAAUAUUUUAAGGGUGUCAGUUACUUGGACAGAAUGAUAUGUAGUAAAUUUGUUGAAUGAACCCAUUCUAUUGCUGUUUUGAAUGAUUUGUAUUAUUAAUUUCUUUGGAUGGAUGAUGCUUUACCACAUAGGGGUCAAACUCCCAGAGGCCAGAUCUGGCCUGCCACAUCAUUUUGUGUAGCCUAUGAAAGUAAAUCAUGUUCAUCGACUUCAAUACAAGUUUCUAGAGAGGUCCGAUCACGUCAUUUUCAAAGUAUCGGAAUCAGCAAAAAAAUAUCAGUCAUGCCUUUUUUUAAUAUCUAUACUGUAUAUUUUUUAAUUAAAUCUUUUUCUAAUUGUAUUUAACGUUACAAACAUAAUAUGUUACACUCAUCCAGAGUCAUUAGUUUAGGCUUAAGGUAGGGUUAUCAAAUUUAUCCCGAUAAUGGCGGUA